AUGUAUACUAUUUCACUCUUAUUUAUACAUUUUUAUUUUAUUUCUUGUGAAACAUUACUCACUAUUCAUAAUGAUAACCAUCAUAAUACGGAUGAAAUGUUUUCUAUACUACAAAAUGUACAUAAAAAAUGUCCUGAAAUCACUUAUCUAUAUGAUUUACCAUUAAAAUCUGUUCAAAAUCGUCCAUUACGUGUCAUCGUUUUCUCAUCAAAUCCGACUAAACACGAUCUAUUAGAACCAGAAUUUAAAUAUGUUGGAAAUAUGCAUGGUAAUGAAGUGGUUGGAAGAGAAAUAUUGUUAAAUCUAGCCGAAUACUUAUGCAAUGAAUAUAAAUUUAAUAAUAAUCAAAAUAUUCGAAAAUUAAUCGAUACAACACGAAUACAUUUGAUGCCAUCAAUGAAUCCUGAUGGGUGGGAAAUGGCUACGACUUACGCGUGGAAUGGUACUGGCGGACAACAACGAUAUCAAGAUAUUAAAACGAUGUUAAGAGAGGAAGGAGCGUCAGAUUGGCUAACCGGUCGUACAAAUGCAAAUAACGUUGAUUUAAAUCGUAAUUUUCCGAAUCUUGAUGAAUUCAUUUAUAGAUAUAAUCAUUAUGCUCAUCAUCGUAAUAACCAUUUGGAUAUGGAAACAUUUCAAACUUUAACAAAAGGAACAGAUUGUGGAAAUAAUGCAUAUCAAUCUGAAACAAUUACCGUUGCUUUUUGGAUCAUGCAAUUACCAUUUGUUCUAUCUGCCAAUCUGCAUAAUGGCGAUUUAGUGGCCAAUUAUCCAUAUGAUGAUAGUGAAUUACAUGUGCAGACAUAUUCUCCAUCGCCAGAUGAUCCAUUAUUUCAACAGUUGGCUGAAUCCUACUCUUUUUCUCAUAAAACGAUGUCAACAUCAGCUAAACCGUGUGCCGAUGAAUUGUUUAAAGAUGGAAUUACGAAUGGAGCCGCAUGGUAUCCCGUAUGCGGAGGUAUGCAAGAUUUUAACUAUUUGGCAAGCAAUUGUUUUGAAAUAACACUUGAACUUGGUUGUCGUAAGUUUCCACCUGGAAAACUCCUUGCAGCACUAUGGGAAGACAAUAAAAAUGCCUUAAUCAAUUUUAUGUGGCAGACUCAUUUGGGUAUCAAAGGUUUAAUUACAGAUGAACAAAAUCAACCGAUUUUCAAUGCAACAAUAAAAGUGUUUGCUUUAGAAAAUGAUAAAUGGCAUUAUAUCGAUCAUGAUGUAACAUCUGGUAUGUGUAGAAAUAUUGAUAUUAGCGCUACUGAUAGGGAUGUUAUGAACCCGAACCUACGUUCGAAGUUCGGCUUCGAACAGUUCGAUGUCGAAGUGUUCGACUUUAAAUUAAUGUUAACGCAAAUUUAG